UGUGAAUGGUUGUUUGUCUAUAUGUGCCCUGUGAUUGGCUGGCCACCAGUCCAGGGUGUACGCCGCCUCUCGCCCAAAGACAGCUGGAAUAGGCUCCAGCACCCCCCGCGACCCUCGUGAGGAAAAAGCGGUUGUCUUUCAUUUGUGCUGUGCUGCCAGGUGAGCGCACCUCCACCACCCUGCAAUUACACCACGGCGCCACCCCCCCCACUAGACCCAGUCUCACCUCAAACACCUCUGGCCUCAUGGAUGGACGCCUGCAGACUGACUUCUAGGCUCUCAGGUGUGGCUCGUUGCGCCGUGCUGACGAUCUGCGGCUGCUAUGUUCUUCGAGGCUUCGAUGAAAAGCUGCGGCAGAGGAAGAAAAUGAGCGGAUUCGGGCGGCGAGUCUUGUUGGUGAUGGCGCACCUCGUUACUAUCUCACUGGCUCGUCAUCAGAUGAGCAGAUCAGAUGAGGACACGGUGGGGGCGCCUCCUUUGGGUCAAGUCCAGCCUGGGAUCUGCAGCUAUGGGCAGACGACUUCUUGUUGCCUGGGAUGGAAGAACGUGAGCGGCGUUUGUCAGCCACUAUGCAAGCAGUCUUGUGUUCAUGGACAAUGUGUGGCACCGGACAAGUGUUUAUGCCGAGCGGGCUAUCAAGGGCCUCGUUGUGAUGAAGAUGCGAAUGAGUGCGGUUUGUCAGCACGACCGUGUUCCCAGCGCUGCAUGAACACGCAAGGUAGCUAUCGCUGUUACUGCGAGCCUGGAUACACGCUCAGUGUAGAUGAACACACCUGCACCAGACAAACCACAUGUGCUUCCCUGCGUUGCCAGUUUGGUUGCCAGAUGGCUGCAGGAGGAGGAACUGGAGCAGGAACGGUGCGUUGUCUGUGCCCCCCCGGCCUCCACCUGGCCCCGGACAACAGAACCUGUACAGACAUAAACGAGUGCCAGCACCAUGUCGACGUGUGCCCGCUCCGGUGGACAUGCAAGAACACAUUUGGCAGCUUUGCGUGCGUGUGCCAGGAGGGCUUUGUCAUGGGGACGCUGCAGGGCUCGGUUCAAUGCCGAGAUAUGGACGAGUGCUUGACAGGGUCCCACGGGUGCAGCCGCCACGCUCAGUGCAUCAACACAGAGGGUUCGUACACCUGUCGGUGCUUGAAGACCUACACGGGCAACGGGAACACCUGCUGGCCCAGGAGAGCCGCACACUACGCUAAGCCCCCGUUGUACUUGAAUUAUAAACUCUCCAAGAGAUCGGGAGCUCGGAGAUCCUCCUCAUUAUAUCCUAACAUCUACAAUCUCAUCAAGAGAGGGUCAAAAUAAAAACUUUGACUGAACUUUGGGCACACUCGAAACCCGCUUGGGAAUUUUAAUAGCUAGCAUUAGCAUACUGAUGCUAAUAGACCGAUGACCAACUUGUCGUACAAGCAGAACCACGCAAAGCCGAGUACUUUUCCGCAUUUUUUAAAAAUCAUAAUCUCUCAAUAAAAGGCCGCCCUCUGGUGGUGGACACCUGCGCUAGCCCAACCCUCCAGACUUAAUGUUUUCAUACCUCGCCUUCUUCUGCUGUGUCACAGCCGGGCCAGACUACCACACAGCGAGAAAGCGGGAGCGUAGACAGGUCAAGAUCUCUUGUCUGGAAAAGUCCUUCCUGUGUUCGGAGAAAAGAGCGCACGGAAAUGAUUGCGAGUUUGUUUUUGAUGUUCCUCUGGAGGGGUGGCAGUAAUAACUGUAAUGAGGGGCGGCGUUGCUAGGGGGCACUAUGUGUGCUGCGUGGGGGCUCCUGGCAGCUGCUGGAGGGCCCUGCCACUGACCCUAUUCAUCCCAACAGCAGGUGUCACAUCGCGUCCAACCCCCCACCACCACCGCCCGCCUCACACACACACACACACACACACACACACACUCAGAUAAUGUGUGUGUGGUGAGUCGGGGGGGACCUGGAACUACUUACCGAGAACAAAGAGGCAAAUCAGGGAAAAAUGCAGCCUCCUCGAAUAAAUCUCACCACAAUGCUGAGAAAAAUCCCCCAGCUCGCCCUCAGAAAAGCAGGAAAAACCUGGUUUCUUUCUCCCAAAAGCGCUCCACAACGUGUCUCCACAAAGGCAGAAAUAGAAAACAUUUUAGAUAAAAGCAAAGCAGCAAGCAAGGCCCCCCUCGCAGAACGGGACCUCACACCAAGAUGGGUGUAAUUCCAAACAGAAACCAAAAAAAAAAAACCCAAAACAUGUCAGCAACAAAUAAAAAACAACAAGUGAAUUGCGGGAUGCAGUGGAAAUGUCCCUAUUUUUAUUUUUUUAUGUGCAUGUUAUUUUCUGCUCAGCUGUUUACAUGACACGACACAUUUUGGCGAGGAGCGGUACCUUUGGCAAAAGGAGGCGCAAGGCGACUUUGGCCAAAAUAAACGUCUAAAAUAUUGAUGCUAAUAUCCUGCGCUCACGCUUGCUUUCUUUGUCUUGUUUUAUUAAUAUCGGCCAGCCGUUCUCCCGAGGGGGCGGCACCAGAGGAUUUCAGGGGAGGCACAGCAGCUUGAGAAAAAAAAGAAAAACAUGUUUU